GCCUCUCUCUCUCCAGAAGUCGUACUCCAAAAUCGGCGGCGGCAGCAGCAGCUCCGGCUCCGGUUCAACGGUCCAGUCGUCCUCUCACUCUCUCUUCAGGGCUUGCUAGGGUAAGCGGAGGGAAGGGAAGAAGGAAGGAGGAUGGGAAGAGGUGCGGCGCAGCUCAUGGAUACGAAGACGAAGAAGAGGAGAAGAGAGGACGAGAAAGAAGAGAAGGAAGGAGAAGUAGCGAGGAAGGGAAGUUCGGAGAUAUUUGCAGAUUGUUCUUUCUCUAGUCUCGGCCUUCAUUCCGCCCUCUGCGACCAGCUCCGUGAGAGGAUGGGGUUUGAAGCUCCGACGUUGAUACAAGCUCAAGCUAUUCCUGUUAUUCUCGCCGGCCGUCAUGUACUUGUUAAUGCUGCUACGGGCACUGGGAAAACUGUUGCCUAUUUAGCUCCAAUCAUUCAUCACUUGCAGAGUUAUGACCCUAAGAUUGGCCGCUCCCAGGGAACUUUCGGGUUGGUUCUUGUGCCUACUAGGGAGCUUUGCCUGCAAGUCUAUGAGAUUCUGCAGAAAUUAUUGCAUCGUUUUCAUUGGAUUGUCCCUGGUUAUGUAAUGGGUGGCGAAAACAGAAACAAAGAGAAAGCUCGGCUUCGCAAAGGUAUUUCCAUUCUUGUUGCAACUCCUGGGCGCCUUUUGGAUCACUUGAAGCAUACGUCUUCCUUCACACAUUCAAACCUGCGGUGGUUAAUCUUUGAUGAAGCAGAUAGAAUUUUGGAACUAGGAUUUGGCAAAGAAAUAGAGGAGAUACUGGAAGUUUUAGGGUCUAGACAAGCUGGCUCUACUGACAUGGGAAUUGAACAUUCAAGUAUCUCUAAUGGCCAGAGGCAAAAUCUGCUAUUAUCGGCUACAUUAAAUGAUAAAGUGAAUCAUCUUGCUCAAAUAAGUUUGGAAAGUCCAGUUUUGAUUGGCCUUGAGGAUGACAAGAGAGUUCAUGUGGAUCCCUCACUGGCGCGUCAUAAACUGUUAGGAUCAGAUGAUGAUGCUGAUGAUGAUAAUGAUCUUCCGAGAAGCUCAUCAGGUAAAGACUACAAUUUACCGGCGCAGGUGGUUCAAAAAUAUGUGAAAGUGCCCUGUGGUGCAAGGCUUUCGGUGCUGCUAUCCAUUCUUAAACAUCUCUUUGAAAGAGAAGCCUCAUAUAAGAUAGUGGUGUUCUUUUCAACGUGUGAUGCAGUAGAUUUUCACUAUUCUCUGUUGAGUGGAUUCUGCUGCUCAGAAUCUGGUACAGAACUCAAGAAGGAGAAGUUUUUGAAAUGCAAAACUUUUCGAUUGCAUGGAAGCAUGGAACAGGAAGAUCGAAGAACAACAUUUCAGUCUUUCAAAACCGAGAAGUCAGCUCUUCUUUUAUCAACAGAUGUUGCUUCCAGAGGCUUGGAUUUCCCUAAGGUCAGAUGUAUUAUACAGUAUGAUUCUCCUGGAGAUGCUACCGAAUAUGUUCAUAGGGUUGGCAGAACUGCCAGGUUAGGAGAGAAAGGAGAUUCUAUACUAUUUAUGCAGCCUGUAGAAGUAGAUUAUUUGAAGGAGUUGGAAACCCAUGGAGUAUCACUUACAGAGUAUCCGAUUGUCAAGAUACUGGAUAGUUUCCCCUUGUAUGGUCAAACACCACGUGGAGGAAAGAAGUCGGUGUUCUUAGAUUUACACCCUUGGUUAUUAGCUCUGCAGAGGGCACUUGAAUCAUUUGUCACAACUGAGCCAAAGGUGAAUAUACUAGCCCAGAAUGCAUUUUGCUCUUGGGUCCGUGCAUACACUGCGCACCGUGGAGAGCUGAAAAGGAUAUUCAUGGUUAAGAAGCUUCACCUGGGGCAUGUUGCCAAAAGCUUUGCUCUGAAGCAACAGCCUUCCCUUGUUGGGGGAUCUCACUCCAAGAAGAUGAAGAAGGAUCAGAAGCAGAGAGGCCUGGCUAAGCGAAGGAAGGUUGGUUCUGGUAGAAAAUGAGAACCCCAAAGCCUUGUGAUAGCUCUCAAAUUUUGCUUGGUGAAGGAUAACUAGUACAACAGAUUUUGGAGUUAUGAUAGUGAAAAACUACUGGGUUGUUGUUUAGAGAUGUGCUGUUGAAUUAGUUCAUAUUAUGUCCAUGUAAAAACUGUAUACAUAGUUUUGGCCGCUUGGAGCGAUUGCAGAUGUUCCACAAAAGCUGAGGCAACUAAUUUUGUUUUUAGGGCAAAAUCUGCUGUUUGAAUCACAGCCCCAAAUCCAGUCAAAUCUUCUGUCCAGACUGUUUAUACACAUUGGAAGAGUGCUGAGUAGGAAGAGCCGUUUAAACUUCUCUGCUGAGAUUCUCUUGCCUUCACAAAUUAAGGGUUGCUCUGGUUAUAAGCAAAAAUGAAAUUUGGGGAAAUGG